UCUCUGUUCUCUGGCGGGCCAGCAUGGACGAGAGAGUUCUUUGGUUCGCUGGUAAGCUCCAGGAAACGUUUCGUUUCGGCGGAUACGACAAUCCAUCAGUAUUGGAGGACUUUCUUGCUGAUUUUGAGGUAGCAGAGCUAAUCACUAAGUUCCUCUCUCCAGGUGAACCAAGGAAGCUUUUCUUUUACUGCGAGGAAAAUAGAGACGAGGACACUGGUAGAUCUUCUAGUGCUCUUUGCAGGCAGCUCAGAGUUACGUCUAAGAUCACUAAAAGCUUCUUUACGUCAGUUCAAAAUGACAGAGUUUGUUUAUACGUGUUGAGGAAGGAUCCAGUUAAAGAGGUUGAUUCGUCUACAAUUGACAGGGAGCUCUACUGUGGAGAGAUAAGGCAGUCUGUACUAACAUCUCUUUCUAUGUUACUUUCCAAUGCCUACUCACCUCUUCUUCACUCACAGAGUAAUUGGGGUGAGUGCUCUAAAGAAAGUGUAGUAUCCUUUCUUUCUGGUUUUGAUAAAUUAACCUCUCUCAUACAAGAAAUGGCUACGCAGUCUUUGAGUCAAGAACCUCUCUUGCGUCAGCCUUCUCCCUCUCUUAAGUCUUUAUUGAUGCAUUUUCAAGUGGCUGGUAAUAGAAUGUCUCUUAGUGAUAAAGCUAUUGGUGAAUGUGAGACUAUUAUGGCUGACUGGAUUGCAGUUAUUGAAGGAUUAUUAAUAGAUACUACUGAUGAAAGGAUGGAAGAUCCACUUGGUCUUCCAUUGGCAGAGAAGCAGAAAUGGGAAAGAAGACAGAUUUUAUUAUUUUCUGUUAUUGAACAGUUGAAGUGGAGGGAAAGCACAUCAGUCAUAGCAACAUUAGCAGCUGCAAAAUCAAAACAUAUUAAAAAAUGGAGACAAGUUGAUACUCAAUUAACAGAAGCAUUUAAUGGUUGUAAAGACAAAGUUUGGUAUUUGACUUCCAUACAGACACAGAUGGACUUGAUACAGUCAGCAGUAUCAGUAUCAAUACUUACCAAUGAGCUGGUACCAUCACUGUCAGCUGUCAUUAAACAAAUGGAUGGACUAUCAAGAUUAUAUGCUAAAACUGGAUAUAUUGCAGUUGUACUAAAGAAAGUAUCAAAUCAGUUGACAGUAAAGUGCCAGGAUAUACUGUACACCAGUUGUAGACAUUCCAUUAAGCAACAAGAGACUGAUGGAGUGCCUAACUCCAUUUGGGGCCUGAUAUUUAAUGAUGAGAAGGUGGUCGAAACUGCCUCACUCACCGCCUCUCCCACAUUGGUUGAUUUUAUGAUGAGGUUGAAAGAUGUUAUUGAUCUUGCUGGGGUGUACAAAGACACUGUGCAUCAUCUAAAAGACACUUUACUUAUUCAGCAGACAUUUACUACUGGAGGAGGAGCUGUGGGUCUGGUUAGUAAACGUCCUGUUGUCAAGUCUUUGGUUGCUGGGGCAAGGGGAGGAGCUAAGAAGAUGAGCUUAAUGUGCUCUAGUAAUAGUACAUUGCAUGCAGCUAGUGAUAUUGGCGGUAUCUCAAUGCCUCAUAUACAGUCUGGCCUGUCUCUCUCACUUGUAUCUGAUAUUAUGAUGUCCCUUUCUGAUCUGUCUGAGAGGUGUACUCAAGUAAUAAAGCUUAUUGAGUCAGUUCGUACUCUAAAGAAUCUCUGGCCUAGACUUACUGGACUGCCAAGAGUAGAAGGAAUAUGGGACAACCCCAUUGAGGAAAAGAAGGAUAAAGAAGAUACGAUAGAUGCAUAUUCAACAUGUUCUUCCUCUCCCUCUCUCUCUACCUUCUCUUUGGUAUAUUCUAGUGAAGAUGUGGACAGCAUUGCUUACUUAGUAAAGUCUGUUCUGUCGUCAUUGAUGAGUUUAUUUGUUGACGGUACUCCUAAUGGUGCCAUUCAAGUAUUUGCUGUCAGUGGUAGAGAUAAGAUAGUAUUUGAUCCAUUGUAUAAGAGAUAUGAAGAAAUAUUGAGCACAGUGCAGGGACAUAUUUGUAAUUAUUUGACAUCACUUAUUAAUAAUGUUCAAGAGUCUGACAGAUCCUUAAGCAUACUCUCAAGGUUCAAUUUGAUAUCCUCUUGGCCAAGGAUGCAGUCUACACUUCACCAGUGUUUAAUGAUUGCUUUUAAAAAAUACUCCAAUGAGUUGAACUUAUUGCAAAGAUGUUAUGAAAAUCAAAAAAGAAAUCCUCCAUUGCCUAGAGGUAGGGCACCAGUUAUGGGGGCAGUCGAAUGGGCUCGGGGUUUGUUAAAAAGAGUAGAAGAACCUAUGUUGGUUUUUAGAGAAGAUUCUAUGCUAAUGAAAACACCAGAGUCUCAUCAUGUGUGUACCUUACACAAUAUAUUGGCUACUACCUUAAUUCAGUAUGAGGCAAUAUUGAUUAGGCAGUUGAAAGAAAGGAUGGAUAAAACACUAAAUGUUCUUAUGACGUCACCACUAUUGAGACUGGAGGAUAAUGAGUCCACUGGUAAUAAGAACACUGAAAUCACUGUUAACUCUGAUAAUGGGUUAUUGCAGUUGUUACAAGAAUGCAAAGCAAUGAAACAGCUACUUGUACCAUUAUCUUCACCUGCUCAAUUGUUUCUGGGGCAGGAGUUGAGGAUUAAACAGUUCAAUCAACAUUUACAUUUUGCUGUCAGUGUAUUUAGAAAUACUCUCAAUAAGAUUGAUGAUAAAUUAAAUCCUUUAUUUGAUGAAACUAUUGACACUGUUUUGAGAUUUUACUUACCUGGAUGGACUACAUUAAGCUGGAGCUCGCUUAACAUUGAUCCUUACUUACACUUAUUGGAUGUAUCCACUGGAUUAUUGGACUCCAGCAUUUGUAAAUGUAAUGAAAUAUUAAAUGACAGGAUAUACCCUCUAAUCGAUGGCAUCAUUAAUACUGAUUUAAUUGAUGUUAAAUUAGCUACUAGUAAAAUAUGGGUACCUAGUGAAUUCUCUCAUUCAAUGAAGUCACAAAUGGAAUCUAAAAUUGACGAAAUGAUGAUUAAAGUAUCAGAUAUCAAGACGUCGUUAUUUGAUAUAUUUACUGAAAUUCAACUAACUCAUUCUAAGCUUAAAAAAUUGUUAUCUGAUCACAGCAAUAAUAUGAAUAAAAGUAAAGAUUUCAUACCACUAGUACUACCAGCAAAUAAUACGACAUCACUAAUGAGAGGAGGAGUCAAAAAGCCAAAGAAAUUAGCCUCGUCAAAACAGACACUAGGAGCUAGUAAUGGCAAUAAUAAAAAGAAGGCACGAGAACCCCAAUUUACUGAUGCCAUGCAGAAAGUGUUGUUCAGAUUUUCCACUCUAGUGCAAGUAGCUAUUGGUGAACUUAUCUGUAACUCAAUAAAAGUACUAUAUGAUAUAGUAUGUGUUGACAUUAAAGGAGAAGAAGAGAAUGGAGGAGUCCAGAAUAAAAGAGAAGACAGCAGCGUCACUACAUCUUCAAAUACCAUUCUGUUACAAUUAGAAUUAAUGCUUUAUAUACCAAAGCUAGUUCUAGUUCCUAAUAUACGUGAUAUAUAUGACAUUGUGGUAGAGCUAUUAUUGAUGAUAGCAGGUCUGUUUAACGGAGUGGAUAUGUGGGGAUUCGAAAGACGAGAAGAGGAAGUUGAGGAAGAAGAAGAGAGUUUGCUUGAGUCUAAUAGGGAGAAGGUUGUUGACACUGUUCAUGAUAUUAAGCAAAAGUUGAAGAGUUAUUUUGAAGCUCUAGUCCCGCAAGUGUCAUAUUUCACUGAUUCUUUAAAAAAAUUUGAUCAUCUUUGGAAGGAAGAUUUGGUUUCUGCUCACAUUAAGUUUCAGCGUACAAAGCCACAUCCAUGUGAUUGGAAAUUUAAAGUAUUGCAGUUAGUGGAAAUAGAAAAUGAAAUAUUAUGUAUUCCAGUGUCACUAAUAUUUGGUCCGGUACAUCUCAUUACAACUCCUCUUAAAUCAACUUUAAGGUCUCUGUCAUCAAACUGGAAGACACAGUUCUCCACACACCUACACUUAAUGGCAAGGACUGCUUUAAAAACUCUAGUAGAGCAACAGGUCACAAUGUCUCAAGUACUUACCUCAGAGGUGUGUACUGGGGAUCUUACCUUUUUACGUGAAGUAUUGGAGUUGUUAGAACAUAUGGAUGAUUUACAGCAUUCCAUUGAUGAUCAAUAUUUACCUGUUGAAGAAAUGUACUUACAAUUGAAAGAGUUUGGCAUCACAUUGGAGAGGAAAGAAUCGGAAGAAGUUCAUGGUUUGAGGACAAGAUGGAAUGAUCUUAGUGACGCUGCCAAUAGAGUAAAAAAUCUGUUAUUAGUUGAUCAGAGAUUGAUACACAUCCAAGAAACUGUAAAACAAGUUAAAGAGUUUGUUGUUCAAACAAUUCAAUAUCGUAAUACCUUUGAUACUGAGGGACCACUGGUCCCGGGAUUGACGCCUACUGAAGCUGUGUCAAGAGUUGGUUUUUUUAUAGAGAAAUGUGAAGAGUUACAAAGGAAGAGAGAUCUCUUAGAUGCUGUUCAGAAAUUAUUGAACAUACCACUGUCACCAUAUCCUGAACUGGAACAUACCCAAGAGGAGUUGUCAUAUUUGAAAACUUUAUACAGUAAUUAUCAAGAUUUUAUCCUCUUUGAUGAAGAAUUUAGGCAAAUUCUUUGGUGUGAAGUUGACCUUACGCUAGCAAUGAAUGAGACUGACCUGUUUUGGAAUGCAUUCUGUUCAUUACCACAAGAACAACAAGACUGGGAGGCAUCUCAUAAACUAAGUCAAGGGAUUACACAUUACAGACAAAUAUUGCCAUUGCUGAAUAAACUCCACAAUAAACAAAUAAGAAGUAGGCAUUGGUUGCAAAUUAUGUCAGUCACUGGUCAUAAUUUUCCACUUGAAGCCAGAUUAUUCAAACUUGAUCAUUUACUAGAAGCUGAUUUGUUACGUUUUUCUAUUGAUAUUGGUUGUAUUAUUGAUAAUGCUAGAAGAGAACAAGAACUGGAACAAGAUUUUUUGUCAAUUGAAGAAGAAUGGAGUGAACAAUGUUUCCAGUUUGAAAUACAAUCAUCAAGUUCCCUUCCUCUCCUCUCUACGUCAGCCUCCUUAUGUUUAUUAGAACAUCUAGAGACCACUCAGACAACACUUGUGUUAAUGCUCUCAUCGCCACACAUACAUCCACUGAGGAAUGAGACUGCACAAUGGGCUGGUAAACUUGCUACCAUCACUGAAAUAUUGCAACUGUGGCUCACUGUACAGGAGUUGUGGCUUAGUUUACAACCUGUAUUUAAUAGUAAAAUAGCAUCAGAAGAUUUUCCAAAUGAGUCAGUAUCAUUUAGUAACAUAACUGAAGUAUGGACAUCAAUGAUGUAUCAGACUAGUUCGCUUAAAAACUGUAUACAGUGUUGCAUUACCAGUGAGUAUCCUAUUCUUCCUGUAUUAAUAAAACUAAAAGAGGACCUUGAAAAAUGUAAAAUGUCUUUAUCAUCUUAUUUGUCCAAGAAGAGACAAUGCUUUAAUCGUCUUUAUUUUAUACCUGAUGAUGCUCUCCUGUCAUUGCUUAGCAACUCACUCUCACCUAAUCUGAUUGGUCCAUAUCUGGGAAGCUUGUUUGGGGGUGUGGCAAAUUUGGUUACUGAUCCUGAUAAUGUGUCUGAUGUAAUAUCUGUGAAAUCAGUGGAGGGGGAAGAGCUACAACUAGCAAAAACUGUACAUAUGAGUGCUGAUGUAGAGGAAUGGCUAUUGCUAUUAUUAUUAUCGACUAAAUCAACAAUACAACAAUUACUGCUGCAGUCAAUGGACUCUGAUCUACCCUCAUUAGAAGAACUGGUUUUAUGUCAACUGUCACAAGUUGCUUGCAUUAGCCUACAUCAUCAGUGGACAAAAGACUCUGAACAGGCUCUUGCUAGCUGUAGAUAUGAUAGGAGGGCAUUACCUGGCCUCAGAUCCAAGUUCAAUAAUACAGUUGUAAUGAAGUUAAGUUUAUUGAUAAUGAGGCAGUCAUGGAAGCAUUCUGAUGAACCAGUGACACCUUUACACCAGAGGAAAUUGGAAUCACUAAUGACUUUGUCACUAUGGUUACGGGAUAUGACAGAUGAUUUGUGUCAGAGGAAGAUCAGAGAUGCCAUGGACUUUGAAUGGAUCAGAUUUCCAAGACUAUUGAUACACAUGUCUAGUUCUGGUGAGCAGGAGAUAAAGUUACACAUAUUAGAUGUUCAGUUGUCUUAUUAUAAUGAAUAUCUUGGAUGCAAAAGAUUACCAAUAUUCACUCCCAGAACUAAUAACUAUAUCAUUUCAUUGUCACAGGCAUUUCAUAGUAAUAUUGGGAGUUGUGUUGUGUUACCACCAGGUGUUAAUAAUUCUGAACUUAUUAAGGGAGUUGGUUAUUUGGUAGGACAGUUUAUUCCUACAUUACAGUGUACUUCUUUGACUAGUCCUUCUGCAAUAGUUACUUACCUCACUGGUAUUGCACAGGAUGGCUGUUGGGCAUGUAUGACUAAUGUGCAUUUAUUAUGUAAAGAAAGUAUAUCAAUAUUAUGUUCAUUAUUGAACAACAUAUUUGAUAAAUUAAAAGAAAGUAAAACCAUAACUUCACUCAAUACUGGAAUGGAGAUGUUAAAGAUCAAUCCAUCGAUGUCUGUAUUCCUCACUCAUAUUCCUUCUUGGUCUUUACCUACUAGUAUAAUAACUUUAUUUCGUUCAUUUUCAUUUCCUUUACCUGAUCAUCAUAUCAUAUUAAGAUGUUACUGUCUCUCACUUGGUUUGAAAGGAUCUAAAAUAUUGAUGCAUAGACUGGAGACAUUAUUAACAUUGAUUGCAGAUCAAAUUCCGUAUCAUGAAGUAUACACUUUGACUCCGUUAUUGUGCCAUUCACUUGAAUUAGCUAUUAAAAGAUCACAUACCACUCCUCCUCCUCCUCUCCAUCAAGCAAUACCUAAUGCUCCUGUCGGUAAUAAACCAGAUACCAACAGUACACCUCCUAAUAUGUCCAAGCAUCAAACAUUUGCACGUUUGUAUCAGAGAGCAGUACAUAAAAUUACUACUAGUAACAUUAUAUCUCAGUCAUUGAAUGCAGCAACUAUAAGAGAACACACCGUUGUAGCUGAAACUAUUGCUGUAUUAUUAGGGGCUAGAUUUACUAGUCAGGAGUUGCCAGUAUUUCGUUCAAUUAUAGAGAGUGUAUUUUAUGAUUGUCCAGAGAUCACUGCGAGGAUCACAUCUCCUGAAAUUCAUCAUAAUUUAUCAUCUUUCCUUCAGUCUACCUCUAGUUUUAAGAGUCAGUUAUUGCUGUUGGAAGAACAAACUAAACUAAAUGGACUGAUGCCAAUGAAGAACUGGAUUAGAAAAACUGAACAAGUUUAUAUUACGAGUAAAACAAAACAUGCUCUGGUGUUAUCAGGAAGAGAAGCUUCAGGAAAGACAAGCUCAUUAAAGACAGUUAUAUCUACACUUAAUUCAAAGGAGGGAGAUAAAGAGUUGAAAACUGUGAGACUGCAGAAAGUGUAUCCAAAAGUUUUUUUGGAUCUAUCUGAGGUGUUUGGAUGCAUGUCUGACACUGGUACAUGGAGGGAUGGAGUGUUUACUACACUAAUAAGGAAGUCUAUUAAAGCAACACAAACUACAGUAUGGAUUUGUUUUGAUGGUCCUUUGGUGGAAGAUUGGUUUAAUCAUAUUGGAGAACUACCACCUAAUAAAUGUAUAAGUCUUGGUAACGGUGAACAUAUACAGGUACAUACUGAUACUAUUAAACUAGUUUUUGAAACUGGUCAGUUAUCAAAUGCAUCUCCUUCAGCUCUUGUACACUGUGGUGUAGUGUGUUACGAUUCACAAGUUUUGGGAUGGAGGGCACUUGCUUCAUCAUGGCUUAAGAAAAGGAAGAGAAAUGAAUCAAUGUGUCUGCAAAGGCUGUUUGAAUCGUCAGUUGACAAUGUUUCACAUUUCAUACUUAAUAAAUUAGAUUAUCAAGGUAGAGAAACUGAGGUUGGUUUAUUUCAAUCUUGUCUUGGUUAUCUCUCAUCACUACUCAAUGCAUAUACAGAUACGGCUGAGGUGUUCAGUGAGUUACAUGUUGAAAGGAUAUUUUUAUUUUCUUUGAUAUGGAGUUUUGGAGGUGUACUAUUGAGAGACAGUGAACGAGAGAAAUUCAGUCAAUUAUUGAGGCAGCAUACCACUAGUUUACCAGAUGAUGAUACAGAGUAUUCAGUGUUUGAUUACUAUGUUGAUGAGUCAGGAGAGUGGGAUGUGUGGCAGAGCAAGUUACCAGAGGAAAGGUGUCAAGGAGUUGAUCUGUUAGGAAGAGUUUAUGUAGAAACACCAACCACUGUACGUAUUGAGAUGUUAUUGGAAUUGUCAUUGACUGCAAAGAAACAUGUACUAUUAAUUGGGCCUCAUGCUAGUGGAAAAACUGUCAUACUAGACCACUUUUUGUCUGCUAGAGCUUUGCAUUUUUUUAAAACUGAAUCCGUUAAAAGAUUUGUUAGUAAUGGUAAUACUGAUUCUAGUGAUCUUCAACAAUUUAUGAAAAUUAAUUUACACCAUAGACAAGGAUAUACAUAUGGUCCAUCAGAUGGGCGUGGUCUUCAUGUUUUAUUAGAUGAUCUUCAUUUACCAGAUAAUAAUAAUAUUUCAUUUUAUGAGUAUUUGAGAGAGUUAAUUGAUGAUCAAGGCAUGUAUAAUUUGGUUAAGUCAAAUCAGUAUGUAACAAUUGAGGAUGUACUGUUUUUUGGAUCACUGUCUAGUGAUAAUGGGCCAUACAUUUUAAAUCCAAGGCUUAAAAGGCACUUUAUUACAAUACCUAUUGAUGAAUUACAUGACUCUGAUUUAUCUGAAAUUGUUCCAUUAGCAUUAACAAAUUUCACUUCUUUAAUGACCUCGGUAUCAAGUGAUUUGUUUCAGUCUUUAUCUGAUGCAUCGAGAGCACUAUACAAGUGUGUUAGCACUGUAUUUAAGAAGUCUGACACUCCUGGAAGACAACAUUAUUUCUUUUCUCUUAACUCACUUGAAUCAGCACUACCAGGCUUAGGAUACUUGCCAAAUUUAUCUAACAAUCAAGAGUUUGCUCAUCUGUGGUCAAGUGAAAUGAACAGAGUUUUUGGUCUCUCAAUAUGUCGUGAAGAAGACAAGAAAUGGCUCCAUGACACCAUAUCUGCCAUUAGUAUCAAAUCAUUUAAAAUUGAUGGAGAAAACUUGGUUGUUGAUUCUCCAGUUUUAUUUAGCAGUAUAGCACCACAUUCAUCAGCUCAAAAUAAUUUAUCUAAUAAAAUAACUCCAUCACUUAAUACAAUGCCAUCAGUUACAUUAUAUUGUAUUGAUAAAUGGAAGAGCAUUGAAGAAACAAUACAUUAUUAUAUUACAAGAUAUCAAGAGGAAGGAUUGUCAACUGUGCCUAUUAAAUUAGAACUCUCUGAUGAUAAUUUACAUGUUAUUGCAUCAUUGCACAGAGCAAUAAAGCAAACCAGAGGUAAUUGUAUAUUGGUUGGAUCAUUAGGACAACCUAUACUUUCAUUAGCUAAACUGGUGUUGUAUAUUUCUGAUUAUGACAUUCAUGUUUUACCUGAUAAUAAUGAUGGAGGUGGUGUUGGUAAUGAAUCAUAUUCUAUUAAUGAUAUCGUAAAGUCAUUGUUUCGUUUGGCUGGCCUUGAAGGAAAACAAGUUGCACUCAUUAUAGAGGAGUGUCACUUACAGUCUCCUACAGUAUUGAGUAUAUUAAAUAGCUACAUGUCAUCCAGUGAGAUACCUACAUUAUUUACUGCUGGAGAGAUGUCUGGACUAAUACAGGCACUACUUCCAUCAAUUAAAAGAGACUUUCCAAGUGAAAUGAUAGAUCCUGAACAAUACUUCACUGCUCGUGUUUGUCAGAAUUUAAGGAUUAUAGUCUGUGUUACACCACAUUGUAAUAUACUUACUGAUAAAGCACAUUAUUAUCAAGGUAUGUUGCAGCAGUCACACAUUAUAUGGAUGGAUGAGUGUAACAUACAAACAAUAAGACGUCAAACAGCAUUCUUUCUAACGGACAGCCCCCUCUCAAUGUGUAUACCAGAGGAAUAUAUGUCAUUACUAAUAGACAAAGUAUCAUUAAUACAUCAUAAUAUGUUAAUUAAUACUGGAUCAAUGGACCAAACUGGACCAUCGCUCCAAUCAGCACCACUUGAUAUGGAGACCACCGAAUCUUAUUAUUAUUUAUUAGAGAAGGUGAAUAUACUUCUUAGUAAAGGAGAAAGAGAGGUCCUACCCAUACCAUAUGUUGGUCCUCUCUCCUUGAGGAAUUUCCUUGAGUGUCUUUGCAGAAUGUACAAAGAGAAAAGCGAACUUGUUUUUAAGGAAGAAAAUAAUUUAAAAAAAGCAUUGAGUACAUUAACAAAUGUACGUGAAUCAGUUGAUGAUAUGCAGGCUACACUGGAUAUAUUGAAACAUAAACUCUGUACAACCAGUGCACAGUCAACUGAACUAUUGAAACAAGUUACUACCAAAUCUUGCCAACUAGAAAGAACCAAAGCACUAUUAGGUACAGGAGGCCCAGUGUUAAGUGCUAUGAGAAUGGUGUCAGAACAAAAAAGAUUAUUAACAGAAAACGAAGAAGACGAUCAGGAGCUACUUGCAGUAUUUUUUAAUCAACUGCCAAAUAAAAGUACAAGAAUAGAAAUGUUAAUGGAGAGAGCAAAAGAGAAACUUAAGAUAGCAGAGAGAGAGGAGAGAGAAACAAGAAAAGCCAUGGCAAGAACUAAAGAGCAGGCUCAGUAUUGGCAGAAUAAAAUAGAUCGUAACACAAUAGACGAAAUAAAGACAUUACCCAACCCACCACCACUAGUAGGCACGAUAAUGGAACUAAUGCUACAACUGUUAAAAGCAACUCCAACUCCUUCCUCGCCUUUAACUGGUCCAACUGUUUUAACUAGAAAGUCUUCUACUGUUACUAGUUCUAAAAGUAGCUCUGAGAAGGAUUACUGGACACAAUUACAAUUGGCUAUUGGGGACUCACAGCAUUUCCUUGAUCUUAUCAAUAGUUUAAAAUGGGAAGAUGGUCUGAGCCAGGAUUCUGUUAAUUUAGUAGAAUCUAAAUUACAUGUGUCAACAAAUUACAAUAAUGAUUGUAGUAGUAAUGAUGGUGAUAGUAGUCAGCCUCCUCUAGUUCCAACAUCCUCGUCACUUAUAUCUGUAUCAAUGGCCAGACAUGCUUCAGAAGCAGUGUCAGUCCUGUUUGAGUUUGCUGUAUCAAUUGUUCAAUACCAGUAUUCAUUUGAACCUCAUAGUAAUGCCGUUUUUAAAGUUGAGAAGAUUAAAAAGGAUAUUGAAGCAUUAAAAAGGGAGGUACCUAUUGAUAUGACACCAGAACAUAAAUGUCAGUUCCAUGAUCAGUUACAUGCUACAACUGAUGAUGAUAAAGAUGAGGAUGUGUCUGAAGAUUAUUUGAAGUUAUUGGAAGAAGAGCUUGCUGAGUUAAAAAGAAAAUUUGAUGAGACUGUAAUGGAAAAACAUAAUCUAUCUAAGACUUGUCAACAGCUGGUCACCAAACUAAAAUUAGCAAGAAAUCUUUUAGAAAGUUUAAACUCAAGAUUGGAGGAAUGGGGUCAAGUUUUAAAUGAUCUUCCAAUGUGCGAAAUGUUGUUGAACACUGUCAUCAUAGCAUCUGCUUUUCUUACUUAUUGUGGAGCAAUACCAACUAGAUCACUACAAGAGUCUUUAGUACACAUAUGCACUGAAUGUUCUCCUCACUCAUUGUCGACAAAUUGUAAUCCAAUGGAGUCAUUGAUAUCAUUUUUACUGACACCAGCUCAACAUCAAUCCUUGUCAUUAGAAGAAUUACCAAUGGAUCAUCACACUGUACUUAUUGCUUGCAAUAUCUUAUCAGAGUAUACUUCACAAUGGCCAUUGGUUAUUGAUCCUCUUGGAAUGUCUGUUAGUUGGUUGGUAACUCAUUUUGAGAGAGAAAACAGAGAAGGUGAAGACAGGAGGAAGAACAAAGAUUCCCCUGUUAUUGUGACACAAUAUGAUAAUACAUCAUUAUGUAAUGUAUUGAUACAAGCUGUCAGCGAAGGCAAGAUAUUAAUAGUUGAUAAUGUUGAUGUGCAUCAUUUGGGAUCUACCAGGGAUAAUACAUUUAGUUCUGUACUUAACUGUAGACGAAAGCUAUCUAUCAAAAAACCAUUAAAAAUUGUUAUCGAUGGUAAAGAAGUUGAUUGCAGCUACAAAUUUAGGCUCAUAUUAGUUACUGGAGCAAGAUCAGUACCCAAAAUUCUGUCUUCAAAUUGUUCUGUGGUUUUAUUUUAUCCUGAAAGCCUUGGAUUGCAUUCACGUCUAAUUGAUGAGUUCCUAAAGACUCAGGGUAUUAAGACUUUCCUUGAAAGAGCACAAUUGAGAAAAGAUAUUUAUUCAUACAUAUUGAAGUGUGCUAGUGUCAAUAAGCAGUUACUUAUAGCAUUGGGUAACGAUGGUGAAAUGGAAAUGGAGGCAAAAUCUAUUAACAAGUUACUGUCACUUAAUAAAUCCUUUGAAUUUUCACAGGAAAAUUUAUUGCAGUCAAGAGAACAAUAUAAAGAUAUGACUACGUAUCAAUUAUCAUCAUUCAAUUCACUGGCCAAUAGAUCAGCCAUCAUUAUAAAUACAGUUUUAUUAAUGAGCCAUGCUCACCCUCUUUACUGCACAUCAAUGGAGUAUGCACUAAAUGUCUUUAAAAACUAUAUAAUGCAAGCAGGAACGCGUGUGCAAGGAGAGGAUGCUUUGUCAAAAUUGACAAGAUUUGGUCAUUCUCAUUUUGAAAAGGGUUACAUGGAAAUGGAUAAACAAGUUUUUUCAUUAUUAUUAGCACUUAAUAUUGAAGCUGAUCAUGGUAGAGCUUCUUCUCAAGAGAGGGAUUUCUUCAUUAAUCCUGUACCUGGCUCGAAGUAUAUAGUUAGGGGUUUACUGAAUCAGUUACCCUUUGAGAACCUUCCGGUUGUUAAUUUUGGUAGAAAACCAUUUGACUGGAUGAAUGAAGAUCAAUGGCAAAAACUAUUGUUGAUAGCGUCACACUUUGAAUGGAUACAUACUAUAUUAAAUAAUCUUGGUAGAGAUGGUAAAGAAGCAAUUUGGAGAACAAUUAGUGAAGGAUCUCAUCCUGAAACUGUAUUCAUUGGAUUAAAAUUGACUCCGCUACAGCUACUUCUUUUACAGUGGGCAAUUAGACCUGAAAGAAUUACACAAUUUUCCCUAGUUUUUGUUGCUACAGUUUUAGAACUAAAACCAUUAAGUCCAAAUUAUCUUGACUUUCAUGGAACAGUUAAAUUAUUGCCCAGCACUGUGUGCCCAUUAUUGUUGUAUAAGAAUGAUCCACAAAUAUAUCUAAUUAAACUCCAGCAUCUUGCAAAUAGAAACCAGGUUAAAUUAUCAUUGUACAAAACUGAAAGUGACUCAAAAUUUGAGGAAAUAAAAGAACUUAUGGAUGCAAUUAACCAUUUACUAGAUGAGAAUGAAUGGGUAGUAUUACAAGGAAUUAACAAAUGUCCUUUGUUAAUGGAGGAUAUAAUCAAGAUAUUAAAAAAGAGACAGAUUAAAGGAAUAGGAGCACUAGGUGGGAGGUUGUGGCUGUCAAUUGAUAUACAAACAAUCAAUUAUACUCCAACUACUUUGCUGAAGUAUUGCUAUAGGAUAGCAAUGGACUAUCCAAAGUUACCUAUCAAUGCUUUGACUGAUUUUCUUUUAUUGUGUGGUCAGGAUGAUAUUAUAUCUUUAAGUCCAAGAACAGAAUGGCUGCCAUUAUUACACUCAUUGUCUCUGUUCCACAUUGUAGCUACACUGAGAAAAGAAUUCUAUCCAUAUUCAUUUCAAUAUGAGUAUCCAUGGACGUACAUGCAUCUCAAUGAUGCCCUUACAUUUAUAUUAAAAGAAUUUGUUAAGUUUGAUUCCAGUGGUAGGCUGAGUUUAACUCCUGUUUCAUGGAGUGGCAUCAGAUAUAUGAUUACUGAGGUUAUAUAUGGUUCUAUGGUUACUAGUUGUGUUGAUUACAAGGUUCUUAUUGGUUUAACUGAGCACUGGUUUCAUCCAGGAGGUCCAAAGAAAGAAAGUGGUUUGUACCAUGUACCUACAAUAUUUUUUACACCAAACACAAGGACGCCAAGUCUGAUACAAUCAGUUGAGAAUGCAUCACCACCUUUAGUACCUAAUUCAAUGCUAUGUGGGCUCCAUAAUACCACUGAUAUACAAAUUGGUUGGAAGGACAUGCUGUUUUCUACUCUUCGGUAUCUCCAUAAGCUAAGAGAGUCCAACGAAUCAUGCAGUACUCUGUCUAUUAUUCCACUCACUCCAUCCCUGAUAACAACAACUGGUGUCUCAUCUCGUGGAUUCCCACAGGCAAUGUCAGCAAUGAGUGUAAUGUCAUCAGCUGGAAAAAAAGGAUAUCAUCAGGGACCAGUUGCAGCUGUGCAUAUAUUAGAUAGACUUCCGUCAUUCAUUGUCCUGCCGAUUAAUGUAUUGAGCUUUCAUUUAGAUUAUACAAGAGUUGAUGUCAUCCCAACUGCUAUUAAUGAUUCAUUGCUGUCUAAAGAUUUACAUACUGGUUUACUGCGCAAUGUAACCAAACUAAUAGAUGGAUUUGUUAUUGGUUGGAAGAAGGAUGUAUUGUAUGAGAGAUUACGUAAAUAUCAUACAAAUGCAACACCUUUUGGAAAUUUCAUUAUAAAAGAAGCAACCAAUUUGAAUAGAAUGAUACAAAUAAUAACUAAAGACUUACAAAUGCUGCACUUAUAUCUAAGAGGAUCAAAAGGAGAUGUAUUUAUCAAGACACCUCAUCUUGUACAAACUGCUGUAUCAGUUGUUAAUCUUAGUGUACCUAAAAACUGGUAUGAAUUAUUCGGCAAUACUUCUCCUCCAUAUGACCAAUGGGAUCUUAAAGAGUGGCUGGCUGAUAUUGUCAUGAGAUUUGCAUUUAUUGAUAGAGUUAUUUCUUGGGGUUUAGAAAAGACAUCUACGUAUUGGCUUGGAGCGUUAUUUAAUCCACAAUCAUUAUUAAGCAUAUUUCACCAGAAUUCAGUUAUGUCACAUUUGGGCAAUGAAAGAGUUGUAUUUGUGGGAGAACUCACUAGCAGAGAUAAAGACCACAUACGUGAUCCACCUGCUGACGGUUUAUUUAUAUAUGGUGUCUACUUGUGGGGUGUGCAUUUUGAAAAAACAACAAAUCUUGAACUGCAUGAUAUACCUCCUCGUUCCCUCCAGCCAUCAUCAUUCCCAGUACUACAUCUAACAUUGAAGCCAUCAUCAAUAGUAAAUCAUAACCACUCUGAUGUUAAACCACCUUUCCAUCACUACAUACCAUGCUUUCAUACAAAAGGAUCAUUGAAGCCAUUAUUUUAUUUAAAAAUAUUUAGCAAUGAUGUAACAAGUAACAAGUGGACUUUGAGAAACCUUACAUGCACACUCAGACCUUUUUAGUUGCCACACUAACUUCACCACAGUACAUACAUGUACGUGUACAAAGACAUUAAAAUAUACGUAAUUGUUUCAAGUUAUUAUCUUAGUUACAGCACCUUAUCUCUUGUUUUAAAUUUUAUUUUAUUUAUUAUGUGACAAGUUUGUUGAAAGCAUAA